CUGGUUUCCAAUGAAGAUGUCUUUUUAAUAACCAAUUUUCCGGCAAAUUCUGGCGUGACAACCAUGCCUAUAUCGUUUGAUGCUUCAUAUUUAUUUGAGUUGGGCAUUAGCCAGAUCUGUUAAAUUAACUUGAAGAUUUAGGUAUAUAUUUUUUGCAAGUGAUUCUCAAAAAAUUACCAUUUAAUGCUAGCAGCGAUCCAAGUGUGUAACGAUUAAAUUGGAAGUUGAAAACAAACUCUGCUGCUAAAUUCGAAUCUGGAAUUCGUCGAUAAUCUCAAAAAAAGGACGUGCUUAGCCCGGGGCCGGAUCACACAUUUUUUAACGUCUUCACAUAAAAGCGAAAUGAAGUCAGAUUAUUCCUACUAUGAGGCAUAACAAGUUGAAGCUGAAUCGUAGAGUUUGUGCCGUUAUUGAGUACACCUAAUGUCUGGAUAGUAAUAUAGUGCGGUAGAUGUAACACUGAAUUUAAGCGCACAGAUCUGUGUACAGCAUCUUCAAGACCAAUGAGCGUCUUUGGAUCUGUCAAAAGCGCCAUUAAGCUACAAUCAUGAAACAAAUGGCGAAUGAAGAUACUGUUGGAAACCAAAGCAUUUUAGUACAGCCAUGGCCCUCAAUCGACGAUCUUUACCCGCUCGAAGAGGCCGAGGAAUCGACGUCGCUGUGUCCGGAGUGUCAAUUUAAUUCAGGGUCUCUUGUGAGCAUUCUGGUCUACUCCGCGCUUUUUGUUUGCGCCACUGUGGGGAACGUACCUGUCUUUCUAUCCCUGAUCAGGAACAGGCACCGAAAGUCACGCAUUAAACUUAUGAUGCUUAAUCUCGCGAUCGCCGAUCUCAUCGUAACCUUCAUUUUCAUUCCCGUCGAGAUUUUUUGGCGCCUAAUGGUUCAGUGGAAAGCAGGCGUGUUAAUGUGCAAAGUGUUUCAAGUGGUCCGGGCUUUUGGGCCAUACCUCAGCUCAACAAUCAUCAUAUGCAUUUCACUCGACCGAUAUUUUGCUGUUCUUCAUCCUCUAAAGGUUCACGAUGCCCAGCGUCGUGGCAAAAUUAUGAUCUUUUUAGCCUGGUUCGUGUCAUUGACGUGGAGCUUACCACAGGCCGUGGUCUAUGAGGUGGAAGGUCAUCCUUACAUUAAGGACUUCUACCAGUGUGUGACGUUCAACUUCUUUACGAAUGCGCCACAGCAAAGGGUAUACGUUUUGUUCGGCCUGCUUCUUCAAUAUGGAAUCCCGUUGGUGAUUAUUAUCUGGUGUUACUGCAAGAUUCUUCUCGAGAUUUGUCAUCGAUCAACAGACGGUGAGCUUACAACGAGGACUGGUCGACCCACAAAUCUUCGAGUGCAGUAUAGGCAAGUCGUGCGACUGCGGCGUUCAGUUCCGAGCAACGUCGAGUGUAUUACGCGAACACGCAACCGCACUCUACGGCUGACCGUUAUCAUCGUACUUACGUUCUUCUGGUGCUGGACACCGUAUGUCACAAUGGUAGUCUGGUACCAAAUCGAUACCGAAGGGGCCACCAAGCUCAACGAGUAUCUGCAAAACGCCCUGUUCAUGUUUGCUGUAAGCAAUUCCUGCGUUAAUCCGUUACUGUAUGGCAGCUACGCUAAAUCAAACUGGACGCGAUUCUUUGCUAGAUGUCUGGGUAUCGGUGCCCACAAAGAUGGGGCUGACGGCGGUUCUGUAGCCGGGGAACCCGGUCAACUUGAAAGAAACAUUUCUUCACAUUUCCGUCAAACGAUCAUCGUUACAAGUCGUGGCAGCUCUCAUCGGAGUAAAAUACUUUACUCGACCGUCGAUCCGCCUUCUCCACUACAGCCAACAUCAAGUAUCCAUUGUCACCAAUCAGCAAACAGUCAUCUUGAUUAGAGCAAAAACAAGUUUUCUAGAAGUUUCGAAGCAAAAAACACCAGCAGCUUCCUUCGGGGCACCCAAAAAGGUGUAACAACGAUACUAAUUUUCAGUCGGUCUCAACAAUACUCCAUGUACAUAGACAUAUAAUAUUAUGGAAGUUAUAAAAUGUCUCCGAACGUUGCGCCAACUGAAAACGAUUACUGAAAAAUAUGUAUCGCAAUAAAUACCAAAAACAGUUCCACCUUUAUAUAUGUAAACUAGAACGAUCGAGGUAAAAUAAUAAUAAUAAAAAUCUUUAUAUAUAUAUAUAUAUAUAUAUAUGGCUUAUGUUUGAACAACUUUCCUAUUCUAGAUUGAAAAACAUUUCGGUAGUGGAAUAAUGUUAAUUUUUGAUUUUCGUUUAACCUAAGAAUAGCACCAUGGUGCCACGGAGUCGCCUUAACUGCAGGUUCAUUAUAUUUGAGCUUUUAAUCGUAUAGAAGCAUAGUGCAGGAAAAACUAGAAAUCAAUGUGUUGAGUGCCAUCUGAAUUAUUUUACUACUUCUUGUGUAUAAUUUACGACUGCAUGCAACAUUCUAUUUCAUAUAUGAGGCAGUUCUUAACAUAUAGAGAAGCUAUGAGCCGUUAAGUAUAUA